CAGGGAAUCCACGUCUCGCCCACUGUGGUGUUUGACGGGAUCCGCGACGACGGCGUGUCCAGCUCGUGGACCCUGGAACAGUGGAAGGCCUGGCUCGCGCCUAGGCGUGAUAAUGCGGGCUGAUAACAAUGCGCCCAAAAACUCACACCAGCAGCUUCUUUUCUCCCGCUCUCUAAAAAUUAAAAAUCCCCUCUAGCUUCUGUCAGUCCAUGUCGCUCGUAGACUUCUCAAAGUGCUCGCUGUGGGUCAGCCUGGCUUCCAUCACCUUCAACCCGACAUUCUGGAACAUCGCUGCCCGGCAAGAGUACAAGACGCACUGGAUCACCAAGCUCUUUGGCAACGACAGGUACAAGGGAUGCUACGCGAUAGCUGCCACCAUCUUCGGUCUCGGCAUCGUGCGCGACCUGCUGUUCAACCGCGCCAUGGGCGAGCAGCCGACCCUGGCCCUGCUUGACACCUUUGCGGUCAAGGCCAUUGCGCUGGCGCUGUUUGGUGCCGGCAUGACCUUUGUUGUUUCCUCGACAUACAUGCUGGGCAUCACCGGCACGUUCCUGGGCGACUACUUUGGCAUUCUGAUGAAUGAGCGCGUAACCGGGUUCCCAUUCAACGUUCUCGAGAACCCCAUGUAUGUGGGCUCGACCAUGUCGUUCCUGGGCACGUCGCUGUGGUACGCCAAGCCCGCCGGCCUGCUGGUCACCGCGUACGUGUGGCUGGUGUACGACAUUGCGCUCAGGUUCGAGGGGCCCUUCACCACCAUGAUCUACGCCAACCGCGACACCCAGGCUUCUGGCGACGCCAAGCAGCGCAAGAAGAAGCUGUAGGAGUUUA